AUGCACGAGUUGCUUCUCAACGACGAUAUUCUCUUGCCCAUCGUCGAGCUCCUCAAUAUCCCAGAAGGUCCACGUCCCACUCUCGUGGCGUUCUCUGAAGUAUGUCGCGGGUGGAACGAACUUGCUUCCGUAUUUCUCUGGAGUCAUCUUUCCACGAUGCGCCCUUUGUGGGGAUUGUUAGUGAGCAAAGACUUUACCCCGAGAUUGGGACAACAAAUGUCAGACUUCUGGCAGUCCACAGAUGCAAAAGAAACCGUAAAUUCUAUCGUUCAGAAUGACCCUGAUCAUUGGCGUCGCUUUCUCGAGCUAGCAUCACAUGUGCGAGAAGCUAUGCACAUGGCAAAUGACACCUGGGAGCUCAACCUCAUCCGGACCGUUUCAAGGUAUAACGGGAACAAGACUUUCUUGCCCUCCCUUCGGAGGCUGACAUGGAGACAUCAUUUAUCCUUCGACGCUACCCUCUUGUGCUUGUGUUCGCCAACCCUGACGUCUCUCGACAUCAUAAUUUCCAUGAACAACCUACUGGAUGUCUCCGAGCCCGGGCCUUCUCUUGAAACCACAAUGGAUGGUCUCUCGGAAGCAGCGCCUUCCCUUUACCGCCUCACCAUCUCCGGUACCGCGCGACAGACUUCGACGACGGUCCUGAAUCUCAGCAGGCUUUCCAACCUCCAGGAGCUCUGUCUCACCAAUCGGACAUUUGCGUUGGAUCCAAGCCACAUGCGCGCAAUUCUCGAAGGAAUAACAGGGAUCACCGUUCUCACGGCUCGGGUUAUCGCCUUCGACAUCCCAAACCUGCCUCAAAUCAACGCUCCGUCGUCUCUCAAACACAUCUGCAUCCUCCCUAGCCAUGCGCGCGAUAUCCUCCCCCUCAUCGCCUCUUUCAUCCACCCUCCCGCGCUCACCGCGCUCGAUGUCCACGCCGAAGACCAAACGUACGAUCACCGAAGCGUGGAGCUCGUCGAAGCCAUCGCUGCAGCCUCCUUCGCUCCCAACCUCCGUGCACUGUCCGUCGUGCUCGCGAGCGACUACGACCCAUCGCCGUCCACGGCCGGCGGAGGCAGCGCACUCCCCUCCUUCUCCGAGGCCAUCAUGCCGCUGCUCGCCCUUCACGCUCUCGAGGAGGUCCUCGUCCGGAUCGAGAACCGCGUCGUCGCGGUCGGGGACGCGGACCUUCGCGAGCUGGCCACCGCGUGGCCGCGCCUGACCAGCAUCGCGCUCAUGUGGCCGCCGGUCGGGCCCCGCGCGCAGCCGCCGGUCGCCGCGCUCCACCACUUCGCGACGCAUUGCCCGAUGUUGCGGAAGAUGUCCGUGACGAAGCUCGCGGUCGGGCGUAUCAGGCAGGGGCAGAUACUCGUGGGGAAGGAGACAGCCAUGACGGAGCAGCCAAAGGGAAGUCACCCCCUGGAGACUUUGAAGGUGAGGUUCGUGUCGGGCCACGAGGAGGACGGGAGUGAGGUCGCGCGGUUUGUGCAUCGCUUGUUUCCGAGUCUGGUUAUAUCGGAGGACGAUGGUCACGCAAACAGGAGGGUGUCGUUUGUCCCAUGGAGGUCGGAGGAAACCAACCUGAGAUGGCGUACCGUGGAACAGGAGAUCCUAUUGUACAGUGAUAAAAUCUGA